AUGUCACCCGAAGUCUUAUUUCCCUUGGCCUGCACCAUGCUCCUGGAAGGACGACGCCUCAUGCUAGCCCAGACCAUCCUGGUCACCUUUCCCAGCUUUAUACUGUUUGGAUACAACCAAGUUGGUGUUGGUGGUUUGCUGGCCUUCGAAAGCUGGACUCGAACAUUUCCCGAAAUCGAUACCACCCACGCUGAUGACGGGACCUCCUAUAACUCCGUGAUUCAAGGGGUCUACGUCUCAUCAUUCACUCUCGGUGCGCUCUUCGGGGCUUUAUCGUGCUCAGCACUUGGAGACUGGUUUGGUCGACGCAAGACCAUCUUCAUCGGCGCCUGUUUGACCUUGAUUGGGGAGAUCAUCUCCUGUACCUCGUUCGACCUGCCUCAACUUAUAGUGGGGCGUAUCAUAAUCGGCAUUGGUGUCGGAGAGCUGAGUACUAUAACUCCAGUCUGGCAAUCGGAAUGCUCCCCGGCAAUUAAUAGGGGAGCCCAUGUCGUCGUGGACGGUAUCGCAAUCACCAGUGGAUAUAUGCUCUCCUCAUGGAUCAAUUUCGGCUUCUCCCAUAUCGAGCAGUCUUCGGUGUCAUGGCGUGUCCCCCUUGCUAUCCCUUGUGUCAUCUCCAUAACGCUUAUCGCCUCGAUUUUCUUCUUUCCUGAAUCUCCACGAUGGCUUGUUGGCUCUGGCCGUCGUGAUGCAGCCGCUCACGCCCUUGCAAGAGUAAAACAAGUAUCCCCGGAUGACCCAAAUCUCCGACAGGAGGUCGCCACGAUCGAGCUCUCGCUGGAAGAAACAGCCCGGUCUGCGGCAACAAUGAGAGAUAUCUUCACCAUGAAACAGGGCAAACUCUUCUACCGCUUCAUGCUCUGUAUGGGCCUCCAAUUCUUCAUCCAUAUGACCGGCGCCAACGUCAUCAGCACCUAUGUGACCACUAUCUUCCAGCAAGAUCUGGGCCUCUCAAACGAUCUCUCUCGUAUCCUGGCCGCGUGUGCAUUGACCUGGAAAUUUCUUGCCUCGUUUGUCGCUUUCUUCACGAUCGAUCGGUUUGGGAGACGGAAACUCUUCCUGCUCACCGGAACGGGGCUGACGAUUUGCAUGACUGGGUUGGCUAUUACGAAUAGUUUCCCGGAUAGCAAUGAGCCGGCUUCGAUCUUCAGCGUCAUCUUUAUCUUUUUGUUCAACUUUUUCUUUCCCAUUGGGUUUCUGGGGACUUCGUUUCUGUAUUGUACGGAGGUUGCGCCGGUCCGGUUGCGCGUGGCGAUGACAUCUAUCUCAACGGCGAAUCACUGGCUUUGGAAUUUCGUCGUCCAAAUGAUCACCCCCGUUGCCCUGAGCAAUAUCGGAUAUAAAUACUAUAUUGUCUACGCGUUGAUCGCGUUCUGCUUUCCAAUCGUGGCGUUUCUCUUCUACCCCGAGACAAUGGGCCAAAGCUUGGAAAAGAUCGAGGAGUUGUUCCAGCGUGAUAUACCCGUCUUUGACACCGUUCAAGCUGCUAGACACAUGACCAAGUGGCCUGAGUUGGAUGGUCAGGUGAAUGAAGAUGUCAAGGUCGAGGUUGAGCAGAUUGAGAAUUCGGCGGAUGAGAAGUCGGUUUAG